UCCACAACCUGCUUCACACUCACUUCUGAAUAGCAAGACGCUAUGCGGUAUUUCUCAACAAGGGGAGCGAACAGUCGCUCUCUUUUGAGGAGAGACUGUGCUCACAGGCCUGGCUCCAAUGGCGGUCUAUACAUCCCGGAACACAUCCCAGCUCUCCCAGCAGACUGGCAGGAACGCUGGCGGGACCACUCCUUCCAGGACCUCUCCGUAGAGAUUCUGUCCCUUUACAUCUCUCCCUCUGAGAUCACCCGCAACGAGCUGCGCACCCUUGUGGACAAGUCCUACAGCACCUUCCGCCAUCCUGAAAUCACGCCGCUGAAGAAGCUGAGCGACAAGACGUAUGUGCUCGAGCUCUUCCACGGCCCGACUUUCGCAUUCAAGGACGUUGCGCUGCAGCUUCUCGGGAACUUGUUCGAGUUCUUCCUGGUACGGAGGAACAGCAAGAAAAGCGCAGAAGAGAAGCGGGAGAAGCUGACGGUGGUCGGUGCUACAAGCGGGGACACUGGCAGCGCAGCGAUCUACGGCCUGCGAGGCAAGGCGGACGUCUCGAUAUUCAUCCUCCACCCAAAAGGGCGCGUCUCGCCCAUCCAGGAAGCACAAAUGACGACCGUCACGGACGCAAACGUGCACAACCUCGCCGUGCGCGGCACGUUCGACGACUGCCAGGACACCGUCAAAGCGCUCUUCGCCGACGCCGCCUUCAACGCGCGGCACCGCCUCGGUGCGGUCAACUCGAUCAACUGGGCGCGCAUCCUCGCGCAGACGGUCUACUACUUCCUUGCGCAUUUCCACGCACGCAAGGCGCUCCCGCAGGGCGCGCAGCUCCAGUUCGUCGUGCCUACGGGCAACUUCGGCGACGUGCUCGCGGGCUACUAUGCCAGGUGCAUGGGUCUCCCCAUGGAGAGGCUCGUCGUCGCCACGAACGAAAACGACAUCCUCUCGCGCUUCUGGAAGAGCGGCGCGUACGAGAAGGUCGACCGUGCGCCUGCUGCGGGCGGCGCAAGCGACGGGAAGCAAGCCGUCGGUGGCGUGCGGGAGACGCUCAGCCCCGCGAUGGACAUCCUCGUCUCGAGCAACUUCGAAAGACUCCUUUGGUACCUCGCGUACGAGGCUCAGGGCGCCGCCGAUGACGAGCGCGAGCGGCGGCAGAAGGCAUGCGCAACAGUCGACGGGUGGAUGCGCGCGGUGAAGGCCGACGGGCGCGUACAACUGCCCACGGCGGUGCUGGAGGCGGCACGCAGGGACUUUGCUGCCGAGCGGAUAUCUGACGCACAGACGCUGGAGACGAUCAGGGCAUACCACAGCUCCUCGCCAUCGUACAUCGCCGACCCUCACACCGCGGUCGGGCUGUGCGCCGCCGCGCUCGUCGCGUCCCACAACCCAUCAAGCACAGUGCAGGUCGUCCUCUCGACCGCGCACCCCGCGAAGUUCUCCGAGGCGGUCACGCGCGCGCUGCAGGGCGCGCCAUCGUUCGACUUUGAGCGGGACGUGCUGCCGGAGGAGUUCCGUGGCCUGCUGGAGCGGGAGCGCCGCGUGGUGGACGUGCCGAAUGACGUGGAGGCGGUCAAGGCCGUGAUCGAGCGAUUCGUGGGAGACGGGCAGGCGUUCGCCGAGAAGGGCGCGAGUGUGUAAACAGUCGAUACUUCAACUUGGUGACGGAACGUGCGUAUGUCUGCAGGGCGUGCAUUGCGUAUCUACGUAGAGGCAGCAAGACUAGAAAUGUAAUUGCGCGGCAGUGUUAUUGUGAUCGUCUGUUGUUCUGGA